AUGACAUCCUCGUUGCCCGGAUUCCGCAAGGGCUUCGACCCUAGAACUAUUAUCACCCUUGAUAAACCCCCCUCUUCCCGGUGGGAAAUUCUUGAGAAGCUGAAUGAGUAUGACGAUCAGGUCACUGUGGAGGAAAAUAAGGCAUAUGGCCUCCGUUCUUUCGCCGAAGCUAAAUUUUUAUGUUGUGAUCCUCAACGCCGUGCAACGAAAACCUUUAUGCGAGUCUACAUUCAAAUCCCGCAUGAAUUAGCUUCCCUGCUCGAUCUAACUGAAAAGGACUCAAAUAUCACACCAAAGCUCCUCGGAUACAAGACCGGUACUCAGGAUCGCUCAGGGCUAGUUCCGGAUGGGUUCAUCAUAUGGCUUGCUUGGGAAAUUGUUCCUGGGCUACGCCUUGGCGAUAGUGAUGGCGAUGGUCCAUUCUGGGGUCUUGAAAGCUCUGAAAGAAAGCAAAUCCGUGAAUCCCUUCUUAAGGCUCUUGCCAAGCUGAAGGAGUAUGGGUGGUGCCCGAGCGUGGAUAGGGCAAAAGGUCUAGUUUGGCACCGAGAGACUCAAACACUCUACUUCAUCGGUGGCUUCUGCGAGACCAUGAAGGAUAAGCCCAUGCGUGUCGCCUGCCCAACGGUUCGCGACUUUUGA